GACCACGCUUGCGCUCACUCCCCUCUCGAUUGGCGUCCUCGACUACAUCGCAUCUCCUUGCCGCUGUCCAAAAUUUAAGCGUUGCAGCGACACCCCCCGUUACUCAGUAUGGACAACUUGAACGUCGCCGAAUUGGUGGAGCGUCUGGGUAGUGACGAUGAGUCGGUGCGGAAAAUGGCAGCUUUCAGACUGCAAGGUGCAAUUGGCGAUCCCUCAUUCGCGGAUGUCUUCAUUCAUGAAGGGGGUCUACCGAAACUCAGGUUCCUUGCAUUGCAUUCCACCGGCAAUACACUCGCAUAUGGCCUCACCUCGUUAUCGCGGCUCCUGGAGCUGGACAAAGGAUGGGAUCAUGUCACGGACGAUCUCAUCACAAGAAUUGUGGAACUUGUCGUCGCGCAACCUCUGGUCAAUGUCAAUCGAGGCGCAAUGUCUGUUCUGGCAGCCAUCGUGGGCAACCCGAGCCAUCGAAGCUCACAGCCAGGCUGCACUGGCUUUCAACGCCUGAAGCCCGCUGUAGAACUCUACCCCCAAUUCCUGCCCACUCUCGUCGAGAAAAUUACAUCUGCCGACCAUGCUCUUUGCGCCAAUUCCCUCCAGUUGAUCAACUCACUGAUGCGGGAUGCCAUCGCCAACGACGCUGAAUUCGAAUGGCCGAGAUUCAUCAAACAACUCCAGGAGCUGGGGGUGAUAAAGAGUGUAUACGGGCUCAUGCAAAGCUCGGCGGUGCAGGACCUGGCCCACCCACUUUUGGAGUUUCAAUCUCUGACCAAGGUGCUCUUACGGAAAUGGAGAGAGGAACGGGUGGAUCUCGAGAAGCCAGACCAUCGCCGCGCUCUGCGUGGCCUGCAUACUGCAAGCAGUCGCGAUAAACCACCGGCCGGAAGCGACCCCAAGGGAAGCGUUAAACACCAUCCCGAGAAAUGGCGGCGACUAGGUUUUGAUACAGAAACUCCCGCUUGGGAAUUCGGUGCAACAGGAUUCCUGGGCCUCAUGGACCUCACGGAUUUUGUCUACAAGAACGAAGAUGGUUUCCAGAAACUGCUACUUGAACAAUCUAGCGAGCCUGCGGAACAGCGCUGCCCUGUUGCAAAGGCAAGCCUGGCGAUCACGUCAAUUCUGUAUGAGCAUUUCGAGGUGGAUAAGUCGGAAGAAGUAGACGUCAACAGGUACAUCUCAUUGGAGUCCCGUACGAACUUCGACCGAGCAUUCAAGCCGCUGUUGCUGCAUUGGUCCCGUCUGCACACAAGCGGGCUGAACGCCUUCAUUCGAUUGUGGAAAGUAGCUGGCGCGCAUGCGGACGACUUUCAGAAGAUAGAGGAGCUUGCUCGCAUUCUGAUGGAGCAGGUCGUCGGCCAGGCCCCGCGUACGAAAGAGAUUAAGGAGGUGGAAGAGGAGCUCGUCGACUUUGAUAUCCAACGGCUCCGAGAGCUUCAGAUGGAAUUGCUUGAGCUCACAUACGAGGACGCUUGGGGUCACCACCUGAGACAAGUUCGUGACGAGCUGAAUCACGAAGCCCUCCAGUUCGUUAAGGAGCAACGCAUUCGGUGUCUCUUGCAGGGGGCUUGGUUCCCACAGACGAUGAACUACAGCAGCGAUCUAGGCCCGAUAACUAGCAAAACCCUCGAUCGAACCGUGCCGACGUCCUGGCGGUUUGUUCGUCUGUCACACAACCGCCGAUACCUCCACUUUGCAGACUUCGAAGACAGGACUGAGGCGGAGCCGAGACUGGACACUCUGCAGGAGAAAGUUGAUCUUUCGAUUGUCUCCUCUGUCGUCAGCAAUGUUUCAGCAUCAGCCCCGUCAACAUCAUCUUCUGACAGCACGGUCACGACACGGCCUGGCCACGCAUCUACGACAACCAAGAUCACGAUACAUGGAUACUUGCCGACGCCAGCGGACAGUCACGCGCGGCAAGCCUCGGAAGUGUCUGGGACGGGCAACGGGCGAGGCCAGAAGGAGGUGGUGCUGCUCCAACUGCACCCCCAGAGCCAUGUGCUUGCGUCCGAGUGGCUGGACGGUCUUCUCAUGCUGCUGAACCAGCAGCCCAUCACCGCCGACACGAACAAGCUCGUGAACCUGAUCGGCGGGUACGGACUGAAGAUUCGACUGCUCAACGUGCGGUUCGAGGACGUGGGCAUGGAGGAGCCGGUCCUGCCCAGCCGCGAGGGACUAGACGACGACUACUACUACGACAUUGGGGGCAUGGACAGUGGUGUCUGAGGAGGAGGAGGAACCGAGUACCUGGGCUGAAAUCUUUCUUUCUUCGUUUCUUUCUCGAAUAGGCAAAGCCGUGCCACGAGGCGGCGGCGGCGCAGAUCUGACCGCGCCCGCGCCCGAGAGC